GCCUGUCAUCAGUGAUUAUGCAAACUUCUCUAAUGCGCUUGGAUUGUGAGGCUAACGAUACCCAGGUGACAGACUCAGAGCCACACGCAGCAAACAUGCUUGACAGUCUUGUUACGCUGGCUGGAGCAGGCGUUGCAGCAGGGGUGGCAUUCGUUGGGAUCCCAGUAGUAGUCGGGGCAGUCGGCUUUACUGGAGCAGGCAUUGCAGCUGGGACACUUGCUGCCAAGAUGAUGUCAGCAGCGGCCGUAGCCAACGGAGGAGGGGUAGCCGCUGGCAGUGUUGUGGCAGUGCUGCAGUCCAUUGGUGCCGCAGGCCUCCCUGCAGCUGCCAACGCUGCGAUAGUAGGUGCUGGGGCGGCAGUCGGUGCCUUACUCUGAAAGCUACAGCUGCUCUUUUACGCUCUGGAAGAUACACUGAUUCGUCUGCUGCAGUUUCUCAAUUGGAAUCAGGCUAAUGCAACAAAUAGCAAGUUAGAGAAAUGGCUUUGUAGUUGAAUGCAAAAGCAAGUGGCCUGUAGAAACAGUUCCCACACAUCUGCUGCUUAUUCUACCUUCUCAACAACAGACUUCGAGUUCUGUUGGGAUUCUGGCUGAAUUAUUGCUGUUGGCUGAAAUGUGACAAAUCAAUAAACUUUUGCAAAUUUAAA